AUGCCGCGGGGAGUGGCCACGGCCCCUCGCCCCCUCACGACCUACGAGCCCGACCCAAACCGAAUCUUAUCCUUGAACUGCCACGGUCUCAACAUCCCGGAGCGUAGGACGCAACUCCUACGGGACCUCUACGCCAGACGUAUAUCUAUAGCCUUCUUACAAGAGACGCAUUUCAAGGAGGGUGCAGCCCCAAUGCUGAAAAGUAAGCACUAUCCCAACGCCGCCUGUAGUAACCACCCCACGGCCCGCAGGGCGGGGGUAGCUAUCCUCCUAGAGGCGAAGCAACAAUUCUGCGAAGCGGACCGACUAUCGGAUGCAAAUGGCAGGUACCUCUUCCUUAAGGGAGAUAUUCAAGAUAGACGAUACACUUUCGCUAGAAUCUACGUCCCGAACAAUAACCAAGCCCAAUACAUACGCAAAUCCCUCCUCAAGCUCUCCUCCUUUACGGAAGGAACCUUGAUCCUAGGCGGAGAUUUCCAUGUACCACUACACCCUCUUACCGACUUGUCUACGGGACACAGCUGCAUAACUGAAGGUGCUCUCCGAAAUAUACUGAAAUCUUUACGGAACCUUCGACUGGUGGAUUUCUGGCGCGCAAUGCAUCCCGAUGACAGGGAAUACACCCACUACUCUACGAUCCACAAACGCUACUCGAGAAUAGAUUAUAUAUUCAUGCAACAAGAACAGUUGACGACAAUUCAAACAGCGGAGAUAGCAGCUGCACACUGGUCUGACCAUGGACCAGUCACUCUGAAGAUAGAUUCCCCAAGGAUGCGCCCAACCUCAUGGGCAUGGAGGCUCCAAGAUUCGCUACUGUUAGACCUAACAGUCAGGGAACAGGUCUCCGAAGAACUCAAUUCAUAUUUUAUGCUCAACGCAACGAGAGACCACGUUGCGACCACGAUCUGGGAGGCGCAUAAAAGCGUUAUUAGGGGCACACUGAUGCACCUAGCUUCCAAAAAGAGAAAAGAAUCCCAACGACAAAUAACCGACCUUGUGGACUGCAUAUCUACACUCGAGGCACAGCAUAAUAGAUCACACCUCGAGUCGACAUACGCGGAGCUACUGGAAGCCCGGAGACAGCUUCAAAAACACAUGAUGACCCAUCACUAUCGUUCAUUGCAACGCUCGAAGGCCUUCUUUUAUCAACAUGCUAACAAAGGCGGGAGGCUACUGGCCAGGAUACUUAAAGGUCCACAGGGACUAGCCCAGGUCAACAGACUAAGGCAAGCUGAUGACACAAUUACACAAUUUCCGGAUAAGAUCGCCUCGGAAUUUCGGACAUUCUACUCCUCACUGUAUAAUAUCCCGCAACCGACACAACCAAAUGAGAUAGUGGAUAGGAACGAAAAAAUGCGCAACUAUAUCAAAACCUAUGUGGGGACGAGAUUGCAGCGAGGGGAAUCGGAGGACUUGGAGGUACCGAUCACGGAGGCGGAGGUGGCGGGAGCGAUCAAAGCAGCUAA